AUGUUACAACAAGAAACUGUCCAUCGUUGGUUCAAUUAUUUGCGUGGUUCAAAACGUAUUGAAUUUUUAUAUGGUUUACUACAUUUAUGUGUUCCACUUGAAUUAAGAUAUAUUGGAUCAUGCUUAGAAGAAGUAGCACGAAAAGAUUAUUUUUAUUUACUUGAAGCCGAAACAAAAGCAAAUUCAACAUCAACUAAGUAUUUAACACAUGCACAGCCAAUACCUAUAACCACAUCACGUACCGUAUCAAACAAUGACGAUGCGUUAAGCGAAACUAUAGCUGAUUUUAAUGAUCAACGUGAACGUGCGUUUACUAUUGUCGAUUUAGCUUUAUUACAUACAAACAAUCGUGAAUGUGCAUUAAAAAUUUAUAAACGUUUAAAAUCGUGUGAUUGUAUUAAAUUGAUUGAUGAAAAAUUAACUAAAGAAGAAAUUGAUGAAUAUAUAGCUGAUGAAUUUUUAAUUAUAUUCCAAUUAGCUGCAAAUCAUCCGGCAUUUAGUUUUGAAAUGCGUACAGAAAUGUCACAAAUUCUCAAGGAAUUAGAAAAACGUUUUCGUUAUUUAAAAUUGUCAAAUGAUACAUCAUCGUCAUCAACAAUAGACUUUAACAAUUCAUCAUUUUAUCCAUUGUCAAAUUCAAAUAGUGCAGGAAUACCUAAUUUAUAUGCAUCACGUACGGAUGUGUGCAUUGAAACAAUAGUAACAAAUUUACCUAUUUUUGUUUUUCUCUCUAUUUUAGCACUUUUAACCAAAGUAUCAGUCGUUCAAUUCCUUGUUACUGACACUUUUCAGUUUCAAAUCAAAGCUGAUUGGACCGACAGUGUUUCUACUCAUGUUUGGAAAACAAUAGACGAUUUAAAAACGUUUCAUUUACAUUUAACGAAUGUUGUUUAUCAAGAUGACGCACGUUUUGAACGACUACACAAUAUUGCGUCAUAUUUACGUAAUAUUAAUGGAACAUCACAACAAAAUGGUUAUAUUGACAAAAUAAGAACAAAUAUUGAAACCUAUUUAUCGUACGAAUCUGCAUUUACAUUAGCAAAGUUUUUCAAUUCAUCGUUAAAACUAAUCGAUUCCAAACAAAAGAAUACAAACAACAAUAAUAGUAACGAUGAUACUUAUAAUGAGAAAAAACUGUCAUUUAAUUCACCAGAAAUAACGAUAGUUGUUCAACAACGUAAUAAUGAUAAUCAACAAAAUGAAUUGGAUAAAAAAAGUGUAGCAAUAACACAAACAUUUAUUGAGGCAAAAUCAGUUGAAACACAGACAGAAAUGUUUGAACAAAAACUUAAUUAUCAAAUUAUUGUUGAUAAUCAAGAUUAUUUAAGACGAUUUAAUCAAGAGCAACUUUUUGCACUGACACAAUCAGAUUUGGAACAUGAUGGUCUUGCUCCAGACGUCGCUCAAGAAUUAUGUACUAUUUUAGCAGAAUUGAAGUGA